AUUUUGUUGUCUGUGUUGUCCGUGAUAUAAUAAUUAACAAGGCUUAGGAACCUUAGCAACCGUUGAUGACCGUAGUAAUUUGUGGUGGAAUCGGAUACAGUUGUUAUAAGUCCCAUCGUAGCAGAAACUAUUGAAGUUAUUUUGAGUUGUGUAAUUAUUGGGGAAGACGGUGGCGGCAGGGGCUGUUGAAGUUUCUUUGAUUUGGUUUAAUUGUGCGAUGUUUCAUUAUGUCAGUUGACAGGGACAGUAAAAUUAUGUUAGAUGACAGUAUUGAUAAUGAUUCUACUUGCGUGAGUGGAAGCACAUCAAACAACGAAGAAAGUUUUGAUUCGUACAGCAGUGAGAGGUGCGUAGUUGGGAGUGUAACUAAGAAAACCACAGUUCAGGUGUCGUUCUUGACUGGGAGCAAUGGGGUUUCGAAUCAUAAAACUUCGAAUGAAAAUAACACAUUUUUAGUUGGAAAGGAGUGUAAUAAGUAUGUUGAAGAAACAAAUUGUGCAUCGUCCACUAACCAGAAUAAACCAAUUAUUAGCAUCUCCUUCAGAGAUCGAGACACAGCAAGAAAGUAUAAAGCUGCUAUAAAAAAUUUUUUGAAAGAUCUGAUAGCAAAACAUGACCCUGACUGUGAUGAAGACACGUCCGAUUUGGAACUCGAUGUGUGGGAAGCAGGGAGUGACGAUUGUCAAGACCAUGGGAUUGAUGAUUCAGAUCUCUUUACUGUUGAUACACGUCCAACUAUAAAAGAUGAGUUAGAUGUACCAGCAUACAGUCAGAAGUUUGGUGAAGUUCUUCAGAAAGCCAAAGAGGACAGUGGUAAGACUAAUGAAAAUGGAGAACCAAGUCGCUCAUCUUGUUUCAACUGUCUAGGGACUCAUAGCCUUCGUGACUGUCCCUUGCCUCGAGACCCCUUAGCUAUAAGCAGAAACAGGAGACAGUUUUCUGCUAGAUUUGGCCAAACACCGAAUAAGACAAGUCGUUAUCACCUGGAUGAUGAGCAGAAGUUUGCUAGCCUUGUUCCUGGUCAGAUUAGUAGCAAACUUAGAAAGGCAUUAGGAUUAGGCAGACACCAUCUUCCAAAGCACAUAUAUAGGAUGCGACUUUUGGGAUAUCCACCUGGUUGGAUGGAGGAAGCUAGGAUAUCACACUCAGGACUCACACUGUAUGAUUCUCAAGGAAAAGAAGUAGCAGAACCAUAUGCAGAGGAGGGAGAAAUAUUUGCCGAAGGCUCAAGAGAUAAAUAUGACAUAAAUAAAAUUAUUAGUUAUCCUGGGUUUAAUGUACCCUACAGUCCAGACACCAUAGAUGAUUUUGAACUCCAUCAGUGUCCACCAAUGAGACAAGAGCAAAGUAAAGAGCAAAUGACAUUGCAGCUGAGCCAAAAUUCUGUGCGUGCGUAUAAAAGGCGUCGUAUUUCUCCUCCAAAUCCUGGACCUGCUACUAGACUUGAAGAUCAAGACCUCACCCAAGCAGACAUGGAAGUUGAAGAGACUGCAGCAGGGAAUUCUGUGAAUCUACUGCCUGCAGAUGAUAACUGCAAAUUUAUUCCACCGUUACCCAAAGAGACACCUCCAAGACUACCACCACCACCGCCACCAUCACCGCCACCGCAGCCGUCAUGUAUGGGGAGUGAUUCUGAAGGAGGGGAGAGCCGCAGCCAAGGAAUUGCCUCGCCUUUGUCCAUGGGGCAGAGUGGUAUGUCAUCUCCACGAGCACCAUCUCCAUCACUCUCAGAUCUGGAGACAAGAAAGCAACUUUUGCUAGCAGAACUGGAGGAUGGUGAAAGUUCCAGAGACACACUGCAAAAGGCAGCUGCUUCUGGUACUCCAAGGCCCAGCAUUUCCUCUCUGGGUAGAGUGAAGUUUGUGGAUCUAGGAACCCCUGUCCUACAGGGUUCUUCUCCAUACUCUUGCUUACCAAACCCUGAAAAAUUUUCACAUGACAUCUGUGAUGUUAUAAAUUUCGAGAAUUUACCUGACUCCACUGGUAAAUAUGAGAAAAUGAGUGACAUUAUUCGUAAAGUUAGGACUGUAGUGACGCGGAUACAACAGGAAGAUGAUGAUGAUGACAAUUGUGAAGGCAGAAGGAAAUGACCCCAACCUGAAAAGAUGUUAGUAAGUGGUCAGAUAAUGGGACAGACAUAUGUACAGUCUUGGCUUAAUAAUACCUUCAUGUAAAUGAUUGUGAUAAUGGGGGAUGGAUAAUAAAUAAAUAUAGUGUAUUGAGUGAUUAAAAAUGUAAUAUGUAUGGAUCUGUAUUUUGGUCAUUUUUUUCUGUGUGAUGAUCCGGUUUUAAUAUUUUUUUAUAUAAUGACAAGGUUUUUUUUGUCAGUUUUUGUAUUGUUUAUAUAAUGACAGGCAUAGAUAGUUUUGUGUUAUAAGCAAAAAUGUGGCAAAAACUUCUACUCUUCCCUCCAAACUGGUAUUCGCUCUGCAAAAAUAGUGUUUACAUACUGUAACUUAUAUUAUUUGUAUUGUACUGUUUGUGUAUAUGUUACUUUGUAUGCUAGUCUGAAUUACCAUAUUCCAUUUUGUCAUGUAAAUCCUACAUGAAACAUUCUUUUUGUAUUUUUAACACUGGGACAGUGUGAAACUUCAAGGUUAUAUAUAUUAUAUCUGCCAAAUGUGGCAUAAUGGGUAUAUGUAUUAGUUGAAAUUAUGAAUAGAAUGGAUCAGUAAUUAUUAAUUUACAGUUCUUGCUAGCUACAUUAUGAGGAGUGAAAUAUUUGAACAGUAGGUAUCAUACAUUCUUGCCAGAAUAUGUUUCUUUAGUGUAGAUUAGUUUUGAAAAUAUGAGUGCUGUUUUCCUGUUUACUGCUUCUGGAUUAAAGAAGUAUGUUAGUAUUUCAGAUAUAUUGUAUGAACAUUCGUAAUAUUUUCAAAGAAGUGACAGUUUUCUUACUGAUAAUAUACAUGGAUUUUUGGAUUUGAAAAUGUUGACUCAGAAAGAGAUUGCUAUGGAUGUGAAAAAAAAAUCACUGAGAAUAUAAUGUGUCAGUUUCAUUUCAAGAUAGGUUUGGGGUAGAAAAAUAGCUAUUGAAACGACAGUGAAAAGCACAGCUUUUACUUUUGCUCCAUGUUGGAUGGUCAUAUAACCUAAAUAUGAGUUGAAUUAUCAUGUUAUUUGUAACAGACUGUUAUGGAAUUUUGUACAGUGUGUCCACAAAGUCCUGUUGGGGUUUUGAAAAAUUGUGGCACACAAACAAAUUGAGCUAGCCACAUGCGGUUUGCAGCAGAUCAUAGUAAAACUGUGGACGUU